AUGGAGGAGGCGCACCGGGCGGCCUGCCUGGCCGCGUCCUGCCUGCGCACCCCGCUGGACCCGCGCACCAGAGCGCCCGCCGCGCUCUACGAGCGGGGGCCGCCGCCAGCACCCUCCGCGCAGGAUGGCUUUGAUGUGGAUUCAAAUACCAACAGAGUGCAGACCCCCCCUCUAAAAGGAGACUGUGACAAGUGGAUAGACUUCUCCCAAAUGUGCAAUUCAAAUCAAGAGUAUUACCUGAAGCUGGAAGAGCUGAAGAACGCCCACCUGGAGACCAUGAAAAAACUGGAAAGUCUGUAUCGGAACAAACUGCAUUUAAAAGGAGCACAACCCUUGGACAAGAGAAAGGACCCCUCUUUCAAAUCUUGUAGGCCUACUUGGGACAAGAGCUCGUAUCAGCCUCUAAACUUGCACAAAUCCUUUUCAGACUCCGACUUAAGCGAUCCCUUGGGCUCAACUCUAUCCGACGUGUCCGACGUGGAGUUAGUGUUCGAAGGAAACGGGAGUGAAACCGGAUCAUCCUCGUUCGCUAAACAACAGAUCGAGAGGAUGUGGGAUGGCUUCUCCAUGGAAGAUUACAUCUCCCGCCUCCCAGACAGCCCCCCCAGCUCACCCACCGGCAGGAAGGCGCGGAAGAAACACAAGGAGUGGUCUCCCAAAGUCACCGUGCCCAAGCCUUUCCAGAUGACCAUCCGAGAAGCUCAGAAGAAAGAACAGAACGUGAAAUCCAAGUCACAGAUCGAGCUGGAGAAUCACCUGCUGAAGAAGCAACUGGAGGAAGAAGCAGAGUGCCAGAAAAAAUUCCGGGCCAAUCCGGUGCCCGCCGCCAUUUUCCUGCCGCUCUACCACGACAUCGUGCAGCGGAACGAGGAGCGCAGGAGGUCCGUGAGGGAGAGGAGCAAACUCAAGCUCUUGGCUUCCCAGAAGCCCUUUAAGUUCAUUGAACGAGAGAGGCAAAGGAGUGAAAUCAGGAAAAUGCAGUUAAGAGACCUCGCCGUGCCCGAAAGUCCAGCCAAAGCGUUCAGAGCAAAACCGGUUCCCAAGUGUGUUUAUAGCCCGGAUUUUAAGGAGAGGCUGAAGGAGGAGGAACUCUACAGGGAAAUCAGGAUCAGGAUGAGAGCUGAGGAGAUGCUGCGGAAUUCCUCCGUCCCCAACAGCAGGCUGGCCUUAAAACAGACCAACAAACCCAAGAAACACAAGAGUGCCGACCCAAAUCAACCGGAACACAGACCCAGGAUCAACCCCAGCGUCCCAGACUUCGAGAGGUUACACGAGAGAUUCCAGAAACGGCUCCUGCAGCAAAAGCAAGUGAAAGACCUCACAGUGUGUGAGCCCUUCAAUCUUCUGACUUCCUAUAUCCCCUCAAACAAGGGCAAGAUUCUGAAGGACAUCGAGGAGGAUGAGGAGAAGCUGAAGGAAACCCGGUGGCCCUUUGCCUCUCCCAGACGGCAACCCCAAACGAGGCAUCCAAGUGCAAAUUCCCAGCUCUUGGGAUCUGGAAAAUCCAAGUCUCCCAAAAACACAGAAUCCACGAGACGAAGGCUACAAGCCUUAAGGAAUUCACUCGAGGAAAAGAGAAAGCUGGAAGAACAACAAAAAAGGAACAGAACAAAGCAGAAACAAAGAAAGAAAAAAUUCCAGAAAAUUGUACUGGCUCGGGCUGAGGCCAAUGACCCACAUCAGAGCCUUGCUCAGAUGUCUAAAUCCAAAUUAAAAACAUUCAGGAACAACGAGAAGCAGAGAAGGCAGGAAUAUUUGCAAGAGCUGCAAGAAAUGGAAGAAAGAGUAAAACAGAGGCCUUUGCUUUUCGAAAGAGUCACUCAGAAAAAUGCCAGAAUAGCUGCGGAAAAGCAUUAUUCCAACAGGCUGAGAGCACUGGGGAUAAACCCGGAGUUUGUUUCAAAGAAAGGACAAACAACUAUUUUGCUCCAGUGCUCCACUGCUGAAGAUUUCAUCUCCACUGAUGCCAGAGAAAGAGUCAUCAAGAUCAAAGUGAAGGAAAGGGGAUUCCUUGAGGGAGCAGCUGAGGACAGUCCCCACUCAGAGCAGUCCUGGGAGGAGGAGGAAGAGAAGGGAAAAGGGGUGAGAACCUCCACCCCAGAUGAGCAGUCCAGUGAGCUGGAGGAGGAGGGGGAGCCCAGAGCCAGCCCUGAUGCUGCUGAGCCUGAGUCCAGCCCACCCUCCGUCCGCAACAGCAAGGAGGAGGAGGAAGCAAAGGCAGGCUUGGCCCUUGAACAUUCCCAGGAGGAGGACGAGGACGAAGCAAAGGCAGGUUUGUCACUUGGGCAUUCCCAAGAGGAGGAGGAAGAGGAAGCAAAGGCAGAUCAGUCACUUGGCCAUUCCCAGGAGGAAGAGGAGGAGGAGGAGGAGGAUCAUUCCAGCCCCAGCCCUCGGUCUGAGCGCUCCCAGGAGCAGGAGGAGGAGGAAGGUCACUCUGACCCUGAGGCCGAGGGGGCCUCCCAGUAUGAGGGGGAGGAAUAUGAAAGUUAUGAUUCUGAAGACAAAGCCAGUGAUGAAGAAGCCACCUGACAGGAUGUCCUGGGGCUCAGGAACCUCUUCCAUGGCUGGAAGAGGAACAGACACCAGAGAGAAACCUGGUACUUUGCUGCUAACACAAAAUCCUGUGAAUUCUUACCUCUUGGCUUCAAAAAGUGCACCCUCCCAGUGCAGAAUUUGUGUUUGUUUUCCAGUAAGAAAGCCCAAGUUGCUGCUUUCCACCAAGAAAAUAAUUUACUUUUGUAUUAAACUUCCUUAUUCUAGUCUCCUGUGGCAUUAAUGCACCUCUGAUCUGUUAUUAAACCACUGUUUAAUAACAACACCACCUCGUGUGCCAUGCAAGUACCGAGGUCUCAUAUCCAGCUUUUUCCACGUGCUGGCAAAGACUUUGGAGCAGAAAAUGCAAUUAUAUCCCAGCAAAGGGAGCCUCUGGUUUACCUCAGGUGACUCUUGUCGUCUCAAACUCUGUUGAGCAGUGCUGUAGUAGCUCUUUUCACACACAGGUUACUCAGGACUACAGCUGCUACACAACAAAGAAUGGAAAUAAAAGCUUUGGGGGUUGGUUUUUUCCCUUCUCCUAUGACUGACUUUCCUGCUAACCUGUCACACUAAGGGCUGGGAAACAUCAAAUCUGUUCUUGUUUCUUCCUCCUUAAUUUGUUACAUGGUCUCUCAAAGUUUGAAAGGUUUUUUUAAACAUCAUUGCUUUUAUUUAUUUCAGAAACGUGAGCGUAACUAAUGCGAAACUGAAACUUUAAAAAA